AAUUGCAGAAGCUGCACCCAUGCCAUCUCUAUAGGGAAGGAGCAUGUGGCGGCAUCCGUGGUCGCACGGCUAGUCACACAUGCCGAGUUGUUUCCUCUCCGCCCGUCUCGACUCCCUCGAGCUGGUGGCUUGAGGUUGCGCUGAUGACCACCGUGCGCUCAGGGAAGUGCUCUGCACGCCCGCGUCAUACCCUCACACCCUUACUCGCCCCGACCACGCAACCCCGACUCGACCCUCCGACUCAACGACACAGACGCGCAACGAUAUAGUCGCGUUUCCCAUCACCUUCCCGCCGAAACGCGCCACUGAAUGCGCGCUCGCGUCUCGCAUUAAACAGCGUCCGCAACUGCAUUCAGCCCAAGUAAUCGCAUACACUACCCUCGAUCCUGCCCAGCAUGAGCGACUACGAAGACUACGACGAUGAUUACGAUGGCGACUUCUUCUAUGUCGAAGACGAGUACAUGGCUGCCGACGAUCUCGCAGAGCACGCUGUUGCCUCACCACCACCGGCAACGUGCGGCGAUGAGGAUAUGGAGGACGACUGGGACCGUUUCGACUACUUCAACGAUCUCGAGUACGCAUCAGACGGCUAUGAUGAUACACAGUUCCAAGCGCUCGAUGUCAAGGGCGCAAAAGCAGGCUCAAAGCGGAAGCGACUACUGAGGAGCGUUCCGGCUAAAAAGAGGUUGAUAAAGGAGAGUGUGAGCACCAAGACCGAACCGACACCAAUGGGUCACUCGCCCAUUGUUUGGCGCUCGCAGGCGGAUCGUGGCAUAAAACCCAAGACACUCGACGACAACGCGCAGCCAUAUGCCUUGUUCAAGAACUGGAGAGAGAAGCUUGCAGACAUACCAGAUUGGGCCAGAGGCUCACCACCGAGCUCGCCAGAGAUACGGUCAUCACAGCCAAGAAAGGGGAAAGCAAAAAUGGCUUUCGUCACAGAGCCUGCAUCUCCUCCGUACGACGAGGACGAUGACGGCGACGUGGAGGACGAUGGCAUGGACAAUGGAGAACAAGGAAUACCGCAGGAGGCGCUAAUGGCAGCAUUGCAGCGACAACUCGCUACUGCUGGCGGACCACUGAGCGGAAUGGAUCCCCAACAACUGCUCCAGUUCGCUAUGCGCAUGGCAGCGGACGAGAGUGCUGGUGAUGAUGUCGCGGGUGAGAUGGCAGAGGCGAUACUAGGUGGAGAAGACGACGGAGACGACGUAGAUGACGAAACUCACAAUGCCGCCGAAGAGGAACUUCUUACAUGGAUAGCUAAACAGCGGAAUGGGACAAGUCAAGGAACACCUUACGAAGAAGAGGGCAUGAUAGAGGAAACCGUACACCAACCACCAACACCACCUUCAUCGGACCUCAAGCGCAGUGUUCGCGUCUCCGAGGUUAACACCACUUCUUCGAACACCGUCUCAAGCACCCCCGAUCUUGAUACCUCUAAAUCCUCUCUGAAGCGGAAGGCACAAGACGAGCCGAGUGUCGAAGGCUCUACGAAGGCGCUAAAGAAGAGAGCAACAAGGUCAUUUGACGCGCCUACAGCAUCAAGUCAAGCCAAAACUGCUUCAUCACGACCUACAACACGAUCCAAACCUGGAAAGCGGAAGUGAAGAGCAUGGAGGCAUCGAACCCUCAGCUUUUAGCAGCUCCAGGUUCCUCAGCAUCUUGCAUAUGCAUGUUCUGUUCGUGGAGGCAUUCUUCUUUUGUUUUAUUUUCUACUUUUGAAUACGACACUUGUACACUAUUACUGAAUGAGACGAAAGGAAACGAGAUGGGAAUCAACGGGUCCUUUCGCAUGCUUACGGGAGGAGAAAGACCAAUUUAGUGAUGUCCUAGUUAUACCCAAAUCAAGCAGCCUAGCCUACCUUUUUGCUCAAUGGUAUGAGUUCCUCAUAUGAAUAUA